ACCCCCCACCCCUGCUGCCAGGCUGGGCGAGCGGGCAUGCAUUGCACACAGCCCGCACUGGACUCUGCAAGGCAGCAGCAGCCUCCACCAGGUGCCGGGCAGCCCACACCGACAGCAGCCUGCACCCUCCUCAACUCCACCCCCGCUGCCGCCCCUGGAAUGGUCGCGUCCUCCUCGUGACGACGCUGGAGACCUUCUCAUUGGUGUGGGGGCCGGGACGAUUCCUUUUGCUAGUCGACGACGGGAAGAGAAACUCCGGGAAGGCGCUUGUGGCGGCGGCGGCGGAGGAAGGCCAGAAGAGCCGGCUGGGCAUCGAAGGAAUAGCGCGGAAAGCUCCACUUCCGCUGUGGGCCGGUUACAAUCUCGGAGAAAGGACGGAGCAACUACUUCGGAGCUCCCCAUUGAAUGUGGGGGGCGGGCGGAGCCGGAAGUGAUGGGUAGAAGCCAGGCGACCGUCACCUCUAUGGCACAAAAGCAAAUGGUGUCUCGCGAAUCACGGGUUGGAGGAGGGGCGUGGCUUUGACCUGCUUCCGGCGGAACCAUUGAGCUGGUGAAAGAAGUCUCCGGCGGAAGAAGGGGGAACUUUCGUUUCGGGAAGUAGCUGGGGAAUGGUUUCGGGGCCGGACCGCUCUCGGGCCCUGAUGGUGGCGGGGAAGGCCGGGAUCAUGGCGGCGCUGGAGGACGCGGAGUCUCUGCCCCGAGGGGGCUUUUGCUGCUGCCGCCUCUGCCACGUGCCUGUCGCCAACAAGCCCAGCCUGGAGGACCACCUGCGUGGGAAGAAACACCAGCGCCUGGAGCACCUCCGCACCGCCCGCCACGCCCAGGAGCAACGCAGUGUCUUUGGCAGGGGCUUCCGCAAGGGCACGCCGGCCUCGGAGCGGAGCGACUACUUCCAGGCCUACGGAGAGGUGGUCGACGUGGUGAUGGACAAAGAGAAGACUUCACGGGAGCAAGAGAGGCCAGGAACACGGAGGAAGCAAAGCUGCUCUACGUCCGGAGGGAGCCAGAAACCUGUGAGAAAACCUUGACUCUCAGAAGCUGGAAUUGCACCCUCAUAGGACACACUUCCCGGGCUGUGACCGUGGAGUGAGGAGGCAGAUCCCGGGGGCGGGGGGGGGGCUCUUUCUGCUCAUGCCCCAAACAGCUCCAUUCCUGCUGGAACAGGACUGUGUGUCUGGAAGGCUUUGUAGCCAAUAACACUCUUGUGCAGUUGUUAACAAUAGCCUGUGUGUGUCUGUCCUAGAAACUUCUUGGUCAGGUAACAUGCACGUUUGUGUGUGUGUGUGUGUGUGUGUGUUUGAUAACUGAUUGGCUUGAGUUUUUCGAGCUUUGCUUUGUACAACUAUCUUGAGCUUGCUGGUUGGCCCAAGUGCCAUUGGAUCGGAAACAAACUGCAUUUGUGUAUUGUUUAGCACUAAGAUCCACAAAGUGCCAAUUCCUUGAAGGGCAUUUUGGCUUCUGAUACAUCAGUGAGUGGGAAACAUUGGUUUAUCUGCUGCUUAUAUCUGUUAGGUUUUUCUAAUUAUUUUUAAACUUAACUCUUAUAACUCUUAAAGCUUUGUAACUUUAAAAAGUGGUUCUAGCUUAGUCUUAACUUGAAUUUUAUUGGUUUACAUUAUAUUGUCUCAUAUUAAUGUUGUGAGCCCCCGAAGCAGUAAGGUACGGGGUGGGUAGUGCACAAAAUACUCUAGAUGUAAAUGAAAUUGAAAUAAACGAACUAAAGAUAAUGUAUUGAGAAAAAAUGCAAAUCUGAUCAGCUUGACAUGUGUAUGGCCUGGGAUUGUGGGUGAAUUUCUAGAAGGAUGUUUUGAGAGCCAUGUUGAGUCAUUGUUGUAGCAUCAACACUGCAUAUUUUAGAUUGUGAGCCCUUUGGGGACAGAGAUCCAUCUUAUUUAUUUAUUAUUUCUCUGUGUAAACCGCCCUCAGUCAUUUUGGGAAGGGCGGCAUAGAAACUGAAUAAUAAUAAAAAUAAAAAUCUUUAACAUGC